GAAAAAGCAAAAUAAAACGCACCGGUUCUCGAGAUGUGCUGCUGUUGUUGUGUGAAAAUAUCGUUGAACCUGCUCCAGCGCAUCAGCAAUGACAUAAUGGAGCUUGCUUACUGCCAAAGACGGUGGCCACGACCACAGCUCGACAUUCACAGUUCGGUUGCGCAAAGUUGCAGCAGCCUCCGAACAACUUCGAUACGUGAUGAAGAUCAAUACCAAUGUCACCGGCAAAUGCACAACACCGGCUCCGCAGUUCAGCCGCCUGAUGCGUUGACUACAGUAACAGAUGUUUCUGGAGAAAAGAGCACUGACCUGACACGACAUGGUGUGUACAACGUAAUUUAUGAUACAGUGGAAGUAGAGUCCUACUAUUACAACGUAGAUCGUCUGCAAAGUGAGCAACUGCUCAGUGGGCUUCCGAACGGGUCAUGUCUGGUGAGACCAUUCAAGUUUAAGCACCACCGAAUUCGAUACAUCCUUACCAUCUACGCAGCCAGCAGCCACUUUCACUUAUUCAUUCGCCAAACCGGUUGCAACGGCACGUACGCCCUAGGUUUGCAGAAACCGAAGGAACGGUACUUCAAAUUUGCGGCCGAUAUUGUCCAAUUUUACAGCACUCACCUGUUGGAAUGUACCAAUGGCACCGUAAAAAUUAGGCUUAAUUUAGUACCACUCGUAAACGCAGAAACACUCGCUCGCACCUCUAAAGGACAGUGAAUCAAAAGCAGAGAAGAGAUCGGAAACGAAUAACUUUAUUGCGUAAAAUUCUCUAUAUGUACAUAAUAUUAACGAUGUCUGUCUCGACAAAAUAGGUUAAAAACGACGAAUUCAAUGGAAUUAUAUUGGUUCGAAAGAUAAACUUGCAC